AUGGAUGCUUUUGAGUUAGAUAAAAUGAUUAAAAAAAAUGGUGAUUUCAAUAAAUGCUAUAAUUUUAACAAAAACGAAAAUAACUGUAAUAAAUCAAUAAAUGUUUUAAAUAAAAAUAAGUACAAUAUUAAUGAUGUACAUCAUUUUAGUAAUAAUAUAAAUGAAGAUGUGGCAAAAAUCCAGAAUGAAGUAAAAAAAAAGUAUAACUUAAAAAAGGAUGUAAUUUUAUCAUCAUCAGAAGAAGAAAGUUCUAGUUGUACAGAAUGUUUAUCAGAUGAGGAUAAUUCUUAUUAUUCAUUGAAUGAAGGAUAUAAAACAAAUUAUAUUUUGGAAUCUUUAUUUGAUAAAAAUGCAUUCGUUUAUUUUAUAGUACCAUUUAACAAAUAUAAUUAUACUAAUUAUUAUACUAAUUGGAAUAAAAUAAGUUUUCGAAUUUAUGCUUCAUUGAAUUCAGUAACUGAAAAAAGAUUUAAGAAAAGAAAAAUAAAUAACAUGAAUAAUAAUAAUUUCAACAAUCCGUUAAUAUCAAUUUUGAAUAAUUUUUUAUAUUUUUUAUUAUUAAGUGAAUUUCUAAAUUUUAAUGAAAUACUUAAAUUAAUGCCUUUAUGUAAACUCUCCUAUAAAAUCUUCAAUAAGUUUUUUUAUAUAAACGUUAACAUUAAUCCCUUUAAGCAAAAUAUUAAGGAUAUUAUAAAUUUUCUAAAAGAAAAUAAAGAAUAUCAAUUUAAUAUUUUAAAAAAAAAAAAUUAUAAAAUUAAAAAUGAAGAUAAUUUUUAUAAUGAAAAGGAAAUAUUAAAUGAUGAUAAAUCAUAUAUGAAUAACCCCCUUGAAACAUAUGAAAAUAAUAACUAUAGCAAUAAAGAAGUAGAAACAUUGAAUAGCAACAAUAAAAGCUUAGAAACAUUAUAUAACAAUAAUCAUAUAAAUUUCAGUAAUAAAGAUGAUAUUUUAAAUAAUGAUUAUAAAGUAGAAAAAAAUACCCAAUACCUUAAAGAAAAUAAUUCAGAAGAAAGUUCACUUUCCAUAAAAAAAAGUUCGUCUAAUAAAGUUUUUUUUACUAAUAACAUUAUAAAUAUGAGACAUCUAUUUUGUUUAUUUGAAUACAUGAGAGUUUAUUUAAGCAAAUACAAUAGGGAAAAAGUGCAUUUUUGUAUUUCUAAUCAAAAGUUUAAGUAUGAUAUAAAUAGAACUAAUAUAUUUUUUAAAGAUAUAUUCCCUUAUGGCAAUAAGAUAUCUUCUUUUGAAUAUAAAGUGAAAUUAAAAAAACAUAUACAGAGAAGAUGGAAUUUGAAGGGAAAUUAUGUGCAUGAAAAUUAUUUUCAUCAUAAAUCUAAUCAAUCAGAUGAAGUGGGAAUAUUAAAAUUAAUUGAAAAUGAGCAUAGUAAAAUAUAUCCAUCAUUUACAACUUUAGUAACAUUAGAUAAAUUUGGUUGUAUUAAUACAUGGAAGAUCAAUGAUAUAAAUUCUAUCGUUCCAACAUUCUUAUUUAAAUCACAAUUAUUAUUAGAAGAUAAAAAAAAUAUUAAUGCAACAGAUGCAAUUAAUUUAAAUUCGGAUAAUUUUUUGAUAUCAGAUAAUUCUUCUUUAUAUAAAUUUUCCUUAGAAGAUAAGAAUAAAAUUAUAUUGAAACCAGUAAUCAAUUUAUCAAUAAAUCAUAUAGAUGGAAAAAUUAAAAAUAUUGUUAGAACUGACAAUAAUAAGUGCUGUAUUGGUUUAAGUCAAGCAAUAUGUUAUAGAGUAGAUUUAGAAAGAGGAGAAAUAGAAAAUUUUAAAAGCUUAAAUGAAGAUUUACAAAAAAUAAAUUUCUUUGAUACAAAUACCAAUAUUGUUUUAAGCAAAAAAAAUAUAUUAAUUGAUGAUAAAAGGUUACCUAAUUAUGUUUGUUAUGUAAAUUAUAAUUUAAUAGAUUAUGAAAAUGAUAAGAAAUAUUAUAAUAGUAAUAAUUUUUUUUAUGAUUUUAAUUUAACUGGCAUAUCAUUGACUUCAUUAAAUUCUAAUAAUUCUAUUUAUUUAUUUGAUUUAAGAUAUAAGUACCCAUCAACAUGUUUAUAUUAUGAGAAUGUAGUUACAGAAACAGUUGGUUUAACAAAAAGCCAUAAACUAAAAUAUUUAAAUGAUUUAAAAAUAAAUUAUAAUUCAAGAUAUUAUUUAAAAAACAAAAAAUAUAGUGGUUAUCAUGAUAAUAUUAUAUUAUGUCCAUAUCUUACUGAUAAAACAGAAAAGACAGACAUAGUUCAAAAUAAUUAUAUAAGAAAUCAAAUAUUAUCAGAUGAAUCAUUUAUUUAUACUAUUAUAAAAGAAAAAAAAAAAGAGUUAGAUAAUCUUCCUAUUUCAUAUUUAAACAUGUGGAGAUGGUGUGAUAAAAGACAAUUUAAAACAUUCUUUCAUUAUUAUGAUAAUUUUAAUUGUAAGAGAAGUUCAGAUAAGAUAAAUUGCUAUUAUAAAAAUAUGUUAUAUGAUUCAAUAUAUAAAUUAGAUAGUACACCGAAUCACCUUUUCAUAACUUAUGAAAAUUCUAAUUAUAUUCAUUCAUUAUUACCACCUUCAUAUGGAUUACAUAUAAAAAGCUCAUUAAAAGAGGUUCCUUUUUCUAUGCAUCCAACAAAUCUCUAA